AUGCAGCUGCCGCCAGUGUCGGUCGUACUGAGCUGGCCGACUCCCAACUAUGAUGACCCAGUAACACGAGGGCCAGCACUUGUCAUAGUCAACGCGAUCUUCAUAACGCUAACACUCUUGAUUUUGUUCGCGAUAGGCCUCACAAUUGUUGUCCUCUUAGCUAACAAGUCGUACGGAUGGGACAGACAUGUUUGGGACAUACCAGUCUCAAAGUUUGUUCCAACAUCCAAGAUUGCCAUGGCGGCCAAGGUAGUCUUCACAGCGGCAGCAACCUUCACAAGGCUCUCUCUCCACUGCUUCUACUACCGGCUGGUCUCUGAUUCAGGGAAAUUAUGGUUCAGGUGGCUGGUCCACUUCAACGUUUUCUACACAAUCAGCAUCUUUGUGUCAUUUACUUGCAUUGCGAUAUUCUUUUGCAUACCCAUUAGCAAUUACUGGAAGCUUGGCGCGCCACCAGAGACUUGCUUGGAUGAAGGAAGCGUAACUCUAAUUGUUGGGAUAAUCAAUUGUGUUGCAGAUCUUCUGACGACAGUGACACCUAUCCCUCUGGUGCUAGGCCUACAAAUGCCGCUCUAUCAGCGCCUAGGCGUGGCCUUUUUCUUUGGCAUGGGUUUCAUAGUGACUGGCGCUGGCAUUGUGCGAACUUGGUUCAUAUAUCGAAGUCUUUACAAAGAGUGGGAUCAAACAUGGUAUGCAUAUCCACUAUGGAUUGCGGCUGCCGUGGAGAUUGAUCUGGGAGUAAUGUGCGCGUCAGCUCCCGUUCUCAAGCCAUUGCUUGCGAAGAUACCUUGGAGUCUCUCCGGAGCACUGACAGGAGGCCUAUCUUUCAAGAAAUCGUCACUUGGCACCUCCAAAACGCUUACGGGCGGUCAAUCGGCAGCCUUUAUGUCAAACAGAAGAUCCGCCGCUCCCCAAAGCGUGCCAGAGCUCAUGUAUGACAAAGGUCAUAGUUACGAGAUGAAAAACUGGGAAGAUGCGGGACCAAAACAGACGAACACCGAUUUAGAAAGAGGCAACCAAGAGACGGGUCCUAAAGACGAGGAAAGGCCAAAGAAUGGCAUGAUGCGCUGGCUACAAAAACUUCGACCGAACUGCACGGCGACAAACAAUAGCAGGGAUAUGACUAUUACCUUGACUAGCCAGGUGGAGCUAAAGAGCGAACCUGCAGCAUCGCGCGCUGGUCCUGCGAGCCGAUACAGGUCGUUUCACGAGAACCAUAUGCCGCUGCCACCACGGAGACCUGAACGAGCUACGCCGACCGACGACCGAAUAACAAAAUACGAUGGUUGGAUAUGA